AUGGCGUGUAAGAGGAAGAGUUUCAAAGUUGACGGGCCUUUACAUCUUACUCGUGUUGAUUGGAGCAACUCUAGUCACCGGAGCUCCGUCGCGGCGUGCUUGGUGGAAGGUGUGUACAGUCGCGAAGAAGAGCGCCAGCAAUGCUGCCACGGCGGUGACAGCGGUGGUGCUCUUGCUUCUUCCGCCUGGUGGGAGUCCUUCGGCUUCCAGUUAAACCAGGUGCUGAUAGAUGAUAAAGAUAAGUCCAUCUUUGGCGCUGUAUAUGAGCUUAAACUUUGGUCCCAGGCUCAGGCUCAGGCUCAGGCUCAGGUCGAGGUUGGGAAACCCCAACCCCCGAAACUGGUAAUUGCAUUUCGGGGAACACUAAUAGAAAAAAGGAGCUGGUUACAGGAUUUUAGACUGGACCGCCAUAUCGUCCAAAACACCCUCCACAACAGCAACCGCUUCCUUGACGGAUUGUAG